UUGAUGCAAUUUACUCGCGGAAUUCGCUAAUCAACUUCGCAUUGGUACAUAGAGUACAAGAAAUUCAACAUGGACGUAUUCUCACGACUCUAGUCAUAGGUUACAAACGUCCCGACAUUUCAUCGUUUGCCUCUGAACGCGGAUGACGUAAUUCGCCAUCAUGUUCUCAUGUUUUUCCUGUAGUCAUUAAUAAAAAUGCUAUCCUUUUUCCGAAAGUUGUCAAUCGGGGGAAAGAUAAAGGAUGGUAUAUUACCAGAGAGAAUCAUGGAAACGGCGGAGGACCUGUCAAUUGCGAAGGAUCAGAGCGCUCUGAUAUUAAAGACGGAUAUCGAAUUGAAAGAAUCGGUUUACGAUCUCUUGAGGACUAUCAAAGAUCCGGAGAAACCACAAACCUUGGAACAAUUGGACGUUGUGUAUGAAGAUUGUGUCAGUAUUUGUCACAGUACACCAGGAGGAGUUUCUGUAAUUCGUGUGGAAUUCAAUCCUACGGUGCCUCAUUGCUCUUUGGCUACUCUUAUUGGAUUAUGCAUCCGCGUGAAAUUGGAGCGUCAAUUGGCAGCGUUGUUUAAAUUAGAUAUAUAUAUCAAGGAAGGUGCGCACUCCACCGAACAAGAAAUAAACAAACAGAUUAAUGACAAGGAACGUAUAGCGGCUGCAAUGGAAAACCCAAGUUUGCGGGAACUGGUGGAGAAAUGUAUAUUAGAGGAAGAUUAUUAACGUCACAUGAUCGUGAUAUAUAUGCUGUUGGAUAUUUUAUAUAUCAAACUAAACACUUACACUCUGUCAAAUGACUAUGUAAAUAAAUAAUGUAUUUUACUUA